AUGAUUUCCUCCAACAGUAAUCAAAUCACGCACUCCAACUAUCAGGUCGCUUUUGAAUGGAAGGAUGGUCGCCGUUUGUCUGUCAAUGAAGAUGUUGCCUAUAUUUUGCCCAGUGAUCAAAAGGAGGCUGACAGAUUGGAAUUGAAUCACACGCUCUGGAAAUGUGUGCUUGGAGGAUUGUUCAAAUCCCCUCUUCAUGACAAGUUGACUCAAGGUAUCCGGGUGCUUGAUAUUGGCUGUGGACCUGGUUGGUGGACACUGGACAUGGCUCGCUUGUAUCCCAAUUCUGAGUUCAUUGGUAUUGAUAUGGCUGACGUCUUUGUCACUGAAGAUGUUCCUCCUAAUGUCAAGUUUCAAUUGUUGAACGCCGGAACUGGGCUUGACUACUUUGAAGAUGCAUCGUUUGAUUUUGUAUUUCAGCGCUUUUUGGUAAUGGGAUUUCCAACGGAUCAGUACAUUCGUUCUGUCAAAGAAAUGAAGCGAAUUCUCAAGCCAGGAGGAGCUAUCGAGAUUCUUGAGCUUGUUAACGAAUACAAGAAUGCGGGUCCUGCAUUCAAAAACAUCAAUCUCUGGAUCAAUGAGGCUUUGGUGGCUCGCAACAUGGACUCGUAUGUCGCUGACAAGAUCUCUACUUUUCUCGCUGAUGCUGGAUACCGCGACAUCAAGGAUAUCAACUAUGAUGUCCCUAUUGGUGCUUGGGGUGCCUAUCCUGGAGAGUUGUUUUUGGCUAUACAACGCUUGGCUCUGCCUGCUGUUAAAGUCAUGAUCAAUCAACUGACUCCAGUUACUUCGGAGGUUUACGAUGCUAAUAUGGAAGAAGUUUUCAAGGAGGUUGAUCAAUAUGAAAUUUCUACUCGUUUCAGGCUCAUCUAUGCUACCAAAUGA